UGAGAGUGUUGUUUUCUGUUGCUGCCGGGAACACACAGAGCUGCCAAGGUCGGUGAAAGUACUGCACACAGCCAGGCUUCGGUGCUGAGCUCCCGUAGACUCCUACACCGAGAGACAUACCGAGACACAAAGAAAGCGGAUGAUAUAAACCGCAGCCUGACGUCCUCCACCAGAGAAGGUUUGCUGGAAUGGGUAACCUGCUAAAAGUCCUAACAAGGGAAAUAGAGAACUAUCCACACUUUUUCCUGGACUUUGAAAAUGCACAGCCGACAGACGGCGAGCGUGAGGUGUGGAACCAGGUGAAUUCAGUCCUCCAGGAGUCUGAGAGCAUUCUGGGAGGCCUGCAGUCUUACAAAGGGGCUGGCCAGGAGAUCAGAGAUGCGAUCCAGAACCCCAGUGAUCACAGCCUGCAGGAGAAAGCGUGGAACUCCGUCUGCCCGCUGGUCAUCAAACUCAAGAGGUUUUACAGCUUCUCCCUCAAACUAGAGAAGGCUCUGCAGAGUUUGUUGGAGUCCCUGACGUGUCCGCCCCUCACGCCCACUCAGCACCUGGAGAGGGAGCAGGCGCUGGCCAAACAGUUUGCUGAGAUCCUCCACUUCACUCUGCGCUUCGAUGAGCUCAAGAUGAGGAAUCCUGCCAUCCAGAAUGACUUCAGCUACUACAGAAGGACCAUCAGCAGAAACCAGAUAAACAACAUGAACCUGAACAUAGAGAAUGAAGUCAACAACGAGAUGGCCAACAGGAUGUCUCUGUUCUACGCGGAGGCCACGCCCAUGCUGAAAACACUCAGCAAUGCAACCACCAGCUUUGUGACAGAGAUGAAAGGCUGCAUAAAAGUCCUGAAGGACCAGCCAGCAGACAACGUAGAAGGUCUCCUGAAUGCACUCAAGUUCACCACAAAACACCUGAAUGACGAGACCACUCCGAAGAACAUCCGGACGAUGCUCCAGUAAUAUUCCUUCUCUCUUAUAUAAAUAUAUAUAAAUAGAUAUGAAGAGGAUCACUGACCUCAGAUAAGAUGUAUAUGUUUACAUUAUUUAAAGAGUCGAUGUUAAUACUUUUGUGUAUUUGCAUAGUGAUUCCCUCCAAGUUACUGAAGCCUGCAGAUCAUGAUCACGCUGUGCAAACAGAAAGAAGCUCGAGCGGUCAGAGCACAGAUGAUGGUUGCCUCUCAGCCUUACAUGUACUGAGCUUUGCGAGCACUCACAGAUAAAGAUCCCAGGCAGCAGAAAACGUCCUUUAAAAUGUACUUUUUAAAUUUUUUAUUUGGAACUGUGGCCAUCAAACUGUUUCUCCUCAAAUCCAGACAGACACUGAAGAUAUUUCAUCUUCACGUGUCGACUCGCGCACAAUGAGACGCACAAUCAUUCUAAUCGUUUGUGUCACCGUGAAGGGCUGAAGACUAAAGCAGCGGGCGACGUUUCACUAAGAGCACCUCGGUGUGUUCUCUCUCUUCUCUGUGUUCAAACUCCAGCAGCCUUUGAAUUAAACCCACUGUGAACAUGAAACCUGACUUUGCACGUCCAGUGAGAUCCAGCGUGUCAAAGCUGAGGCGACUGAUGAGACGUCACUGAACCCACCGCGUUUUACUCAGUCGUGUUUGACUUGCGUGACAAUAAUUGUGUGUUUUCUGUCUUCUGAGUGACUUUUAAUCUGCGAGGCUUUGCUGUUGAACUUUCUUUAAAAGAAAAGCCAAAAAUGUCUUUAAUUCUGAAUAAAUUCUGUUUUUCUUGGAAGGAUUUCCACUUUUGUUUUUGAGUCUCUUUGAGGAAAGUAACGUUUCUCCUGGACUGGGAGGGGAAAUGUGUCCAGAUUGUUUUUGAUCAUGUGUAAAUUCAUCACAGUCUUCUGAGCAAUUCCAAGACUCACGCCUGAGAAGACAAACUCAAAUCAAACAUCGGUUGUUGUCACUGAUCUGUAGCUCGUUCUUCUAAAACGCUCUGCUGUCGCUUUAGAAGAACGCUUCUCUCUGAUUUUGGGGGAUUUGGUUUCGAGCCUGCUCACAGUCGGUUGGACAAUCUGUGCUUUAAUUUUAGUUUUAGUUCAUUUGUGCUGUCAUCUGAUCACCGGUGCAUCAGGACAGCACGUCUAUGAAUCCUCGUGCACAGCAGUCAACUUUCACUGUUCAACUGCUGUACGCUCUGUUGUUGGAGCCUUUUUACACCGCAACCUAAUUACAGUAAUAACUGUGUCAUCCACCGAGUGACGAUUAACCCCUGUGGUGUCCGUGGCUCACUGCGAAGCGCCACGUUUGCCUUAAAAUCUGCCGCAGGCCGCCACGUGUUAGGACGUAACCUGUGAAACAUCCAGUUUUACUUUAUUUUGAAUCCAAAAGCCAUAAAUACACUCUGGUCUCUAACGUUCAUCCUCUGAUCAGUUAACAGUAAAUUAACACCGUCUUUCAUAUAAGUUUCUUUCUCUUGUAUUUAGUAAUAUAUAUAUAUAUACACACAUUUUGGACGCCAUGUUUCUAUGAAAGCUCGUUUGAAGCCGGCUGUGCGUAUGAGAGAUAUUUCAUAUCUGACUGAAGUGGAUUUUUUUAUUAUUAUUAAUAAAAAAAGACAUUGUCUGUCAUAAUUGAUGCACACGAGGCUUCCCUCUUUGCCCAACAUGCUGUGUGUUGACAAGUUGCUUUGAAUACUGAUCAAAAUCAGUUACUUUGUCUCAAACUGACAUUUACUGUUUAGUAUUUCUGUUCAGACUCACUGGUGUUAGAAAUGCUUUUGCUGUGUUGUUGCAUAUUGAAUGGGACGUGUGGACUGGAUAAUAAAGGUGGUACAUUUCUUACACACA